AUGGCAAAGUGUCCUACAAUAAGUCUUAACAACGGCAUAGAAAUGCCAACUAUUGGACUUGGAACCUACAAUUCGCCAGUCGGAGAAGUCGUACAAGCUGUGAAGGACGCAAUUGAUGCUGGCUAUCGUCAUUUUGACUGUGCCUACAUCUAUGAAAAUGAAGAUGAAGUUGGAAAAGCAAUAAAUGCUAAAAUAAAUGAAGGAAUUGUCAAGCGCGAGGAUUUGUUCAUUACAUCCAAAUUAUGGAAUACAUUUCAUGAUCCGAAGGAAGUUCGUGGUGCAUGCGAGAAUUCUUUAAAGAAAUUAAAUUUAGACUACCUUGAUCUUUACCUGAUUCAUUGGCCAAUGGGAUAUGCUAAAUCUGAUGAGUCACUUAAACUUGAUGAAGCUGGUAAACAUUUAUUAACGAAUUUUGACUUACUUGACACCUAUCGUGCAAUGGAGGAACUCGUUGAUGCUGGUUUGACAAAGAGCAUUGGUGUUUCCAAUUUUAAUAUCAAGCAGAUUAAUUACAUCACUGAGAAUGCAAGAAUUCAGCCAGUCACUAAUCAAAUUGAAUGCCAUCCAUACUUGUUGAAUACAAAAUUGCGAGAACAUUGUAAGAGCAAGAACAUCAUUGUUACUGCAUAUUCACCAUUGGGAUCUCCAGGACGCAGCAGUAUUCAAUAUUAUUCCACACCUGAGGACCGCACGAUUUUAAGCGAACCAAAAUUAAAAGCAAUAGCUGAAAAACAUAAUAAAUCACCAGCACAGAUUUUAAUCCGCUUCCAAAUUCAGCUCGGUAAUGUCGUUAUACCAAAAUCUGUAACAAAGAAACGAAUAAUCAACAACAUUGACGUCUUUGACUUUCAAUUAACCGAUGAGGAUAUGAAUGAUUUACAAAGUUUCGGAUAUGUUCAGCGCGCAUGGAAUUUUGAGAUUGACAAAGCUCAUCCAGAAUAUCCAUUUCAUGAAGAUUAAAUUACUUUGAUGGUUGUUCACUUUAGUGGUCUAAUGAUGGUUGGAUAAGGACUCCCGAGCAAAUGUAAGUACCAAGAGUAAUGCUGGGGCUUGAAAUGUAGACCCUGUUAAGCAAAGACAUCAUAGAGAUUCCUCUAAGCAACAAGGAACUAGAUCAGUGCUUGAUAAAACAAGGAAUAUGAAGCUAAAAUCUGAUUGAGAGGUAAACACCGGAACAGACGAAAAUGUGCAAAGAGAAGUGACGUGGAUCCAUUAUUUGAUAGACAUCAUUUGUGAACAACCUCAUUUAUGUUUUUAAAUUGCUUUCUAUGUGCCAUAAAUGUGAGCUUAUUCAAUCGUAGAAAUAAAACUAUUAUAAAAUGAUUUCACAUGUUCAUUAUGAAUAAAUAAACCUGUAAAAGAGAAGAAAUUGCACACACAUGUCAAUCAUUAAGUUGAAGUAUGUAGUAAAUGUAGAAAUAGAUGAAGAAUAUGAAAAGAAGUUGUUCUUUUUUAAUAAAAAAAAAUCUUUUUUAUUUUAUUUCCUUUAUUACACAACAUUUUCUAGCGCAAUACUGGGAUAGUAACAAUAUGAAAAAUGAUUUUGCAUUCUUUUCUUUAUUAUUAAACGAUGAUGAGGGAGCUAAAGGUAGGUAAUAUGUGGAGUUAUAUGUUUCAAUGAAUAAAUAGGGCUUGUCUCUCGCAUCUUUCGUUCUACCCAUACACACACACGCAUGCACAAUCAUUCUUUAACACUUAAAAUGUAGCAAUAAAAUUAAUGACAGCUAAAUCAUGGCCACUAAAACUCAUUAAUAAUAUAAUGAAAAUAAGUAAUAUAUACGUAUAUAUCGCAAUUUUUUUUUAUAAUAUAUUCUCAUCUUUAGAUAAAAAAAAAAUAGGGAAACGAAAUAUAAAAUAAAAAAAUGAUUAAUAAUCAAUGUCAUCAUCUAAUAUAUAGAAGUUAUUAUUGCUUUAGUUUUAGAAGACACGUUCCUUUAUCACAAAACAAUUUAUGAAUGAAACCAAUUAAUUUAAAAAAAUUUAGAAUUUUUUUUUCUCUCUUUAUUUUUGAAAUGAUUAGAAGAAUGAAGAAAAAAAGGAAGUUGCAGCUCUUUCUCUUCUCAAAUUUCCAACUCGAAACUUCUUUCCAUGUCCUUUAAAUCCAAAUCUAAAGGAGACGAAGCUGCUUCGUGUUGCGUGUGGUCUUUAUCGUCUUUUACGAUUGACGCUGUUGCUGAAUAUCCUAGCUUUGUUC